AUGGCGGAUUCCAAGAAGCACAUGAAGAUGGGCACACAGGAGAGUUUGAAGACUCUGAUGAGGCCGCACAUGCAUCACGCCAUUGACACGUGGAUGGCCCAGGUGGGCGACACAGAGAAGAGGGGCCUCCUCCGCCUCAUGCGCAUGGCCCACCCGGAGGGACUCCACAUCGACAAGCCUCGCCAUCCAUCUUGGAUCCCGAAGUGCGCCACGCAAAAGAAGGACUACAGUGCUCUGCCCACUGCGGCGCUCAGCAUGAUGCAGAAGUCUGCGUCCAGCCCCGCUCUGCGCUGA